AUGGAAUAUCCCGUGGAGACAUCCCCCCGUAGCGCAAUGUUCUCCGCCCAGAAUACGCAGCAGAUGCGGCCUGUGGCUCCGCGAGUCCAGGUCUCCAACUUUCAGUUUUCAGGGAGCAACGCCGCCUACAUGGAUCGCGCUCCGGCCCUGAACAGAGGCCUCGGUGCCAAUCCCGCGUUUGCGCCUUUCGAGCCCGCUGCCAAUAACCGCAACCCCUAUCCUCUCCAACUGCAGACAGCGCUGGCUUUUCCUAUGCAACGCAACGCAUCCAUCCACUCAGAAUCCAGCAUGCCCUCGCAAGAUCUUCAAGGAACGUUGGCUCUGACAUCCGCCCGCUAUCCUCACAGCAAUGAGAGGAUCUCUGUUGUUCCUUUGACUCAGAUCAACGAACGCUCUGUUUCUCUAAACUCCCUCAAUUUUGGUGAGAAUCCAGAGACGUACCUGUCCAGAACGGGAAUAAGCACCUCUCUCGAUGACGUGCGUUCCCACGGCCUGCCUUCAGGUCCUCCAUCAAUGGUUUCGACAUCCUCAGUUGCUGAGCGCCCAUGGCCUAUGAGUCGCGAAAAUAGUCGUGUUCAAGCCAGCCCCAACAUGUACCGAAUGCCCUCGGUCUCGUCCUUCAAAGAAGAACCACACUUUGGCCAAGUAACAUUCAAUCAUUCUCAGCCAAGUAGCCCAAGGAAGGCUUCAGACUUGAAUAAUGAUCUCCUGGCUAUCGGAAAUGGCAUUGUCCCUUCUCUUAAUCAAUACGGGUCGUUGGAGAGUCUAUUCCCUUCUUCUGCUUCGAUGGAAAGAGAAUACUCAAACAUCAGCAUCAACAGCACAAGGUCAACCGCCUCUUACUCGGAGCGUCGGUUCAAAGAGGCUACCGAACGCACGAUCCAAAAUGGCAAGACGACUGCUAUUGCCCCUAUGCCUCAACAACUGCCCCCAAACACGGCAACCUCCAUUGCCCCCAGGAAGGAGCGCGCUCUUCAAGAGGGCGAUAAGAAUAAGUCAAAGACGAAGCCUCCCAAGCUGUGCCCCCACUGCGUCGAAUACCCUAAUGGUUUUCGAGGUGAUCAUGAACUUCGGCGCCAUAUCAGAGCCAAGCAUAGGAGUACCGUCACGAAGUGGAUUUGCCGCGAUCCCGGCGUUCACUCCGAACUCACGGCCCUUUUUCCACUUGCCAAGUGUAAAGCCUGCGCGUCGGGGAAGCUGUACGGAGCAUACUACAAUGCCGCUGCCCACCUUCGGCGCACACACUUCACAGCCAAGCCUACCAGAGCAAGGGGAGGUUCUGUGGGCAGAAGGAAUGGGGGCAGAGGAGGCGGCGGCUGGCCCCCAAUGAAGCAGCUCAAGCUAUGGUUCCGCGAAGUUACUGUCGAAGGUGACGAAUCCGGAUCACUUGGCACAGCUUAUGGGUCCCCAGACCAGCGCUCCUCUUCUCUCCCUAUUGACGAGGAGGCAUUUGUGUCCGCUACACAGAUGAAUGAUCCUGUUAGCCAGUUGAAUGACACUGUUGCUGCAUUCGGCGACCUUUUUAGCCCUGAAAUGGCUUCUAACGGCCUCACUUUCUUCGAUUAUGCGUCUCAAUCUAUUGACGAUGCUCUAGGCCUCAACAUGAUGGUGUCUGGACUUGACGACAAUGACAUUGAGAUGGCUUCUUCGUCGCAAGACUCGUUGGUGGCGUCAGCUUUUCAAGACGCUGAAAAUUUUUCGCUAUGGCCAAUGCAAGAAUCAUAUGGACAAUGA